CAGCACUGGGGUCUGAGGGACCCUGGCUCUGAGGAGGGGUGCAUGGGAGACCGUGAUUGCUCUGCCCCCCACUGACUGCUUCCCCUCCCUGCUCCUUCCUGCAGGUGGUUCCUCCAGGAGUCAACAGCCCCCCGGCCCCCAUCCUUCUUGCGAAGGCGGCAGAACCAAGGAGGUUGGCUUUUGUUGUUAUUAAUACUCACUCAAGGGUAUUUUUCCUUUUUUUUCUGGGAGAGGGAGAGACCCAUCAGUUGGGUGCCUCCCUGACCAGGACUGGAGAUUGAGUCUGGAACCGAGGUACUUGCCCUUGACCAGAAUCAAAAUCUUGGACUCUUCAGUCCAUGGGCCAACGCUAACCACUGAGCUAAGCCUGCUAGGGCUAAACAGAUUGGUUUUGAUCCCCACUGAUGCCACUUUGACCUGAGGGGCCGUUUGUGACUUGUCUGCCUGGCUGAGGUGGAGGUUCCUGUGUGGGUGCUAUGGCCUGGCCUUACAGCUGAGGGUUCCCAGGGAGGGCAGCCCCCAAACUGCCAAGCCACCCUGAAUCACGUGACCACCGCUGUGCAGAGAUGAGUAAGGAGGUGUUUCGUCUGUGGAUGAUUGAAGCGCCAUUCCUCUAGGGCAGCUGUGACCAUGGCCGAGAGCACGAAGGGGCAGGCGCACCACCACUACACGUACACCGAGCUCCUGGCCAUUGCACAGCACUUCAGGCAGGAGCCCGAAGAGCACAUGGUGGCCUGGAUUCUGCGGGUGUAUGACCAAGGCGGCCUGGCCCUGGUCCUGAGUUUCCGGGAGCUGGCACUGCUGGGCAACCUGACCAGCGACGCCAUCUUCAACUGCCUCUGCAGGGAUCGGCAGUGGAUCGGGCCCACGGCACUGCUCGUCUGGCUGCUGAAGGCCUGGCGCCAGCGCUGGCCGUCCUUCCUGCACUUCGAGGACCCCUUCAGGACCUGGUUCACCAUGGAGCAGGCUAUGCCGCUGGUGCGCCAGCUGGGCAUGCUGCAGUGGAUCUACCAUGAGCCUGCGUUUGAGCAGGCUCCAUGUCCUGCACCCGAGGAUAUGCCCUUCACAAGGGACAUGUAUCAGCGCCUAAUGGCACUGGCCAGCAACCCCCAGUUUCAGCUGCAGCUGGCCGACCUGCCAGGCAAUGACAUGACGGUGCUGGAGGCGCUGGUGGAGAUCCAGAAGAGAUCAGGUCAAAGACCGCCUGCCUCUGAGCCAGGUGUGUCCCAGGAGUCCACCAAGAUCUUCCUGGGACAUGGCGUCCGCCUUACUACAUCCAGGCCUGUGGGACUGAGCCCUAAUUUCCAGAGCUCAGGGGGCUGGUUUGGGAGCAUGUAAAGUCCCCUGAGGGACCGCCCAUCUGUUCUGUGUUUAAGAUGUGUAUAUGUAUGUAUGUAUAUAGAUUUAAGAGAGGGAGAGAAACAUCAAUGAUGAGAAUCACUGAUCGGCUGCCUCCUGCACACCCUCUAUUGGAGAUGGAGUCUGCAGGCCAAUGCUCUAUCCACUGAACCAUGCUGGCUAAGGCUGUCCUUGAGUUUUUUAUGGGCAGACCAUCCUCACUACCUCAUGGGUGUCCCUGGCCAGAGCUGGUGGAGGGGAGCUAGCUACCUGGGUUCCAUGGAGAAGCCAGCAGGUCUCUUACAUUCCAGCCAAAAUGGCAUGUGGGUGGGCCCCCCUCAGGCCCCAAAGCACUAUAAGCCCAGCGGGGAGACCCCAUGGCCUACCACACGAAGCUUGUGCUGUUUUUACUUGUUAA